UAAAAUCUCUAUUGAAACCUAGUGUAACUUCUGGUAAACUUGACAUACCACCACUCAUUUGAAGGAACAAAAUAAUAUGAAAAAUUUGUUUUAAGACUUAUUGUGUGAGAGGAGGUUUACUUGAAAAUGAAGUAAAUGUGACAUGGUUUAACUUCAGUCGUGUCCAGAUAAGUUAUACAUGCUGUUGUUUGGAGAAGAGUAAGUGGUAAUCAUGAAGAUUACAGUACCAUCCAAGGGAUGGAUAGGAUAAAGAUGACACAUAUUUAUGGUACAGGAAAAAGAUACAAUAUUUACCAGGACAGGAGAAAUUAAAAUGCCCAAAAUUGGAUCACAAUACAGUGUUUUACAUGGUUUGUGGUAUCGGGAGCUAAACCUAACAGGAUCCAAUUACAGGCUUAGCUUGAAACUUCUACAUAAAUUAAUCUGUGAUAAAAAAUCAAGCUUUCUGAAGAUAUGGGAAGCCCAUUCAAAACAACCAAUAACAUGUGAAGAUGGAAAGCUGUAUUUUGACAACUACCACACCUGUUUAACUCUAUGUGGAAGAAACAGCCUUCCCAGCACUCUAUAUAAACUAAAAUCAAGAUCAAAGGAAAAGAGAAUUGAAGAUUGCAUUGUAUAUUCUGGUCCACUGUUUAAGACAUUGACAGAGCCAAAACUACAGCAGGCUUUCUUUUUGGCACUUACUGGUGACAACUGGCUAGAAUGUUACAGCAACCAGACUGGAGAGCUGCUUCAACAGGUUUACUUGGGUCCAACUGCUAGAUACAAGUUUCGGCAUGUAGACUGGGAGACUCAUGGUGAACAGGUGGUAAUACAGUCUGUUCAGAACCAGUCUGUUACCCCUACAACUCAGCCAGGCAUAAGACCACGUGUAUUAGAAGCUAUAGCAAUGUUUUCUGUAUUUCCAAUGGAAUUUAAAGCUCUUGUGGAAAUUGACCGAGAGGUGUUUGGAAAAGACUGCAACCAUGUGAAUAUUUCUGAAGGUUUAUUAAUAAUUGGUGUUGGGAAUUCGGCUACUGGUAGGGUGAGACUAUACAAUUUUGUUCAGGUUGUUAAGGAGGGCUUAAUGUUUGAAGCUAAGCUGCAGCAACCUUGUGAAGCAUUAGAAAAGGCAUUGGUUGGAUCCUACCCAGCAGGUAUUCCUCUCAACUGUAAACUGAAAGCACCACCACAACUUCUCUUUGAGGUUAGUUGUGCUGAUUACACCAUUCAUGUUGGAGGACAUCCUUUCCAUUUCAUUACAACUCCUCCUCGUCAUGAUGGAGUGUUCCAGGUGUGUUCUCUUGCAUCUAGUGUUCUUGUUGAGAAUGGAUAUUUAAAUUUUCCAACCAAUAGCACAGAACCUGACUCUGUUACUUUCCACCCGGAUGAUUCUGGAAGAAUUGUGUACAAUUCAGCUCACAAUAUUAAGAUUUUUGAUUUAAAAGAAAAUGGCCAAGGAAUAACUUCAUUAAAUAAUAGUUUUGAACUCUCGAUGAACAAUGGGAAGAGAAGAAAACAAGGGUUAAAACUAGGUACAGCUAGACUGCGUGAGGCUAAGAAGACAUUCUCUUCAGACUUUGUAAUGUCUUGCGAGAAAAGCAUUUUGAGUGAUGACUAUGAGAAUGAAUUGGAUAUCUACUCAUUGUUAGGGUUUGAUCCAGAGGAUGAAAGCUGUCAUGGAAAAAUCAACAUUCAUGACAACGAAACAGGACAGUUAAUCAAAUCUGUGGAUCUUAAAAUGAAAAUGGAUGAGUUGGCUGACCAUACAUUAACCAUGGACCUUGAGACCUUUGUCAUCAUCACCAGAAAUGAGUGUCGUAGAUUCAGUUGCUAUGUGUACAGACUGUUUCGACCUAAUGUAAUGAAAGAUCCACUGUUAGGUAGUAGAUCAAAGAAAGCAAAGACCAAGAAGAAGAGGAUCAAAGAUAGCUCUAAUACUGUAGCAAGUUUUAUUAACUUUGUAUAAUAAAGGUCCCCCAUUUUAACAUGACAAAA